UUUUCUUUUCGCUAGCGAAUUUGCUUCAGAAAAUUUAUGUUCCCAAUGUCUUCCACAUCCAGAUCUUCCGCCGCCAAUAAUCGCAAAGAUCCACCGCGUAAGAAAAACAAGGAGACGCCAUCUCCGGUGACGAGAGAACCAACCUCGAUCGAUUCACUUCCUAAUGACUUGUUAUUGAACUGCUUUGCCCGUGUCUCUAGAAUGUAUUAUCCCGCUCUGUCUCGUGUCUCCAAGAGAUUUCGAUCCAUCGUUACUUCACCAGAGAUUUACAACACUCGAUCUCUCUUAAACCGUACCGAGAAGUGUCUCUAUCUAUGCUUACGCUUCCCUUUCGACAAUAACACACACUGGUUCACUCUCUACCAAAACCCUAAUCGAACCGUAAGCGACAAGGUUUUUCUCCAAAUUCCAUCUCCCCAGUAUCCUCUUACGCUAUCGUCGAAUCUCGUCGCCGUUGGUUCUAAUAUCUACAGAAUCGGUGGAACCGUUGGUGAUGAUUCCUGCCCUCUCGGCUUCGAUAGGGAACCUUCUUCGAAAGUCUCUAUCCUGGAUUGUCGGUCUCACACGUGGCGUGAUGGUCCGAGGAUGCGAUUGAACAGGAGAUCCUCCACAACAAGCGUAGUUGAUGGGAAGAUAUAUGUAACAGGAGGCACUGAAGACACGGAUAAUCCCUCACACUGGAUCGAAGUGUUUGAUCCAAAAACACAAAGUUGGGGAACUGUGACGAACCCUCACAUCGUCAAGGUUUGGGAGGAGGUAUGCUAUAGACGUGCAGUCAAAAGCAUAGGACAUGACGGAAAAUUAUACCUGUCUGGGGAUAAGUAUGUGGUUUACGACCCAGAUGAAGGUAAAUGGAACUCAGUAGAAGAGCAUUGGCUUAUAGGUUAUGCAAUAGGCUCGAGUAAUUGCGUGGUCGACAACAUCUUGUUCUACUGGGAUCAAGGAGUGUUCAAAUGGUAUGACAGUAAGGUAAGUUCAUGGAAGCAAUUGAAAGGCCUUGAAGGGUUACCUGAUGAUUUUAGCCAGCGUGAGUAUUGUAAGUUGGUGGAUCUUGGUGGGAAGAUGGCGGUGUUGUGGGAUAAAUGGGAGUAUUCUGGGGUCUGCAUGAUUUUCUGUGCUGAGAUUUCACUUGAAAAGCGCGAUGGAGAUGAGAUUUGGGGGAAGGUUGAGUGGUUUGAUACUGUACUUGAAGUUGGAGCGUCUUGUAGCUUGAAAAGUGCGGAUGCUCUUUCAGCUUCUGUUUGAUGAAAUGAUGACUAUUCGUAAGAACAAGCUUGAAGAAUGAUGAAAUUAGAAACACUACUUGAAUAAUGUGGGUAGCUUCAUUUUGUUUUGAAUUUUUACGUUUCCUUUUCCAUUAGUAUGCAACUAUGUUGAAUGAUCGGUUCAUGUUUUUAGCCGAAUGCAAUUACAUUAUUUGUUUUCUUCU